AUGGUGGUGUGUACUUUCUUCCAGCAGGGUCGCUGCAAGUUUGGAGACCGCUGCAAGUUUGAACAUCCUGGACGAGCCACUUCAGGCUCAUCAGGCAACCGGUUUGGAGCUCUUUCCGGAGGCUUCGGAGGUAACUAUGGGGUGACCGCAAACGAUAUCAAGCUCGACCUUACUGCAGGUAAGGGUCGACCAGAAUGGGUCUUCUCCGCCUAUGCACCAAACAACAAAGUCCCACGGCAACUCUUUGGCGGCCCCCAGCGUGAGCUGAGUAUGGAGGAGCUGCGUCUCCGUCACUAUGAAGCUACAGCAGCUGGGAAUAUGAACCAGGCCGUGCAGGAAGCCCAAGCUUUAUGGCAAGAGUCUGUGAAGCAGAUGGAUGUCGCCCUCGCCGAUAUCAACGGCGCAAUCAAGUACAUUGUCGACGGGGCAAACGAGCACCCCAACCGUAUCGAUAUAUGUCAGGGACAGACUGCCCCCCAGGCAAACCAAAGUACACCGUUUGGCCAGCCUUCAGCACCUGCCGCGCCUACGGGUGGCUUUGGUACUCCUACUCCCCCCGCUCCUUCGGCCUUUGGCAAGCCUGCAUUCGGACAGCCUGCACAACCUUCUCCAUUCGGACAAUCUGCGGCGCCUGGGAACCCAACUCCGUUUGGGCAGCCAUCUGCCCUGGGAGGCUCUUCCGCCUUUGGGAAACCAUCUACUCUGGGGACGGGAACUUCUUUCGGCCAACCAGCUGGCCUUGGAGCCCAAGGUGGGCUUGGUAAGCCAACAUUUGGGCAGUCUGGAUUCGGUCAAGCAGCCAACCAACCUGCCUUCAGCAACUCUGGCUUUGGGAAUCCCUCCCAGCCAACCACAGGAGGAGCUGCACCCUUUGGUGGCCCAUCUGCUGCCUCACCUUUCGGCCAAAUUCAACAGCAACCACAACAGCAACCCGUUCCGUUUGGCCAACCUUCUGCCCCUGCAAAUCCAUUCGGAGCCCCCGCACAGCAACCAGCAGCAUCCGGCUUCGGACAACCGUCUGGCGGCGGCGGGUUUGGGCAGCCUUCGCAGACUGCGUCACCAUUUGGCCAGCCCCAACAGCCCCAGCAGCCCCAGCAGCCCCAGCAGCCCCAGCAAGCACAAUCAUCGCCGUUUGGGCAGCCUCAAUCUGCUGCGAAUCCAUUCGGAGCUCCGGCUCAGCAAGCUGCAGCUUCGUCGCCCUUCGGUCAGGCCGCGGCUCCCCAAGACGUGCCGGUCCAAGGGACCAGGACUGGCCCGCAGGCAUCCAUCAAGAUCGAAAAACCGAACGAACUGAACCCUCUGCCUGUAUUACAGGGCCAAACGAUGCGUAACCCAAGUACCCGGCAGCUAACGAUGUGGAAAGGACGUCCUGUGAAGUACAUUAACGACAAACCUUGCUAUCUUCACCCGCAAGAUAACCAGACAUUUGUCCGCAUCAACUUCCCCGAUGGUCCGCCUGAGGAAGCCGCACUGCGCGACUCCCAAGGAAAACCAGAGGAGUACACCCCCGAGAUCCAGCAGAUGUACCAGUUCUAUCUUGACAAUGGAUACUUCCAGGACGGUAUGAUCCCUGCAGUGCCGCCAAAGCGAGAAUGGAUCAGCUUCGACUUUUGA